UCAUUGUUGAUAAUACGUAUUUUUUGUCGUCAUACCGGACGAACGACUACAACCGGUUUUUGGGUAGAUUUAUUUACUUAAAUAUUCUAUCUUCAUUGUUCAUUAUCAUUUCAUACAAAGCAGCAUAUUGAUCACGAUAUAACUACUUCACCCGAGUAAUGGUGAACUAAUAAAUGAGUUACUAUUAUCACUAGAUAAGAGACGUGAUUUUGGCAAGUUAAACUUAUAGAUAACGCUGUUUUCGUAGGUUCAAAGUAAGUAAUUAUGCAAUUUAUGUUAUCUGUGACGUGAUUAUGUCCCAUGUGCCGUAUACAUUUGUAUAAUUAAAGAUGUUCAAGCUCAGUGUAAACCUCACCCGGUCAGCGUCACACUACAUAAAGCGCACAAUGUCUAGUCAGGAACAAGAUGUGCUGUUUGAAACCUUAAACAAUGCAGGAAUCAUCACUUUAAACAGGCCAAAAGCCUUGAACUCCCUGAACACAUCCAUGGUAACCAAGCUGCUACCACAGCUACAAGAAUGGGAAAAUAAGAAGACCCUGGUCAUAGUAAAAGGGGCUGGUGAUAAAGCAUUCUGUGCUGGGGGUGAUGUGAAGGCAGCCAUCGAUAGAGUAGAAGGCCCAAGGUUCUUCUACACAGAGUACAACUGCAACUACCUUAUUGGCAAAUACAAGAUCCCAUACAUAGCUAUCAUUAAUGGCAUUACUAUGGGAGGUGGCCUCGGUCUGUCUGUCCAUGGCAGGUACAGGAUAGCCACUGAGAAGACUGUUAUAGCCAUGCCUGAGACCAAGAUUGGACUGUUCCCUGAUGUUGGAGGGUCAUAUUUCCUGCCCAGGUUGCAGGUCAACUUAGGUUUAUAUUUGGGAUUGACUGGUGAUAGAUUAAAAGGUUGGGAUGUAGUUAAAUCAGGUAUAGCCACACACUAUGUCCCAAGCAAGAGGCUGUAUGAACUAGAAAUUUUACUGUCCCGUUGUACCGAUGAAGUGGAAGUGGACAACCUGCUGAACAAAUUCCAUGAGCCAUCUGAACAGUUCUCAUUAGCUGAUAAUAUCAAACACAUUAACUACUGCUUUGCUGCUUCUACCAUUGAAGAGAUUAUUGAAAGGCUCCAGAAAGUACAGAAUGAUUGGUCUGAGAAGACUUUGAAGACCCUCAGCCAGAUGUGCCCUGGCUCCCUAAAGAUAACGCUGCGCGCCCUACAGCGCGGCGCCCAGCUGGAGCUCGGCCAGUGCCUCAAGAUGGAGUACCGCGUCGCAUGCCGCGCCACUGAGAACCACGACUUCCCUGAAGGAGUUCGCGCCCUCCUGAUAGACAAGGACAACAACCCUCAAUGGAAGCCCAAGACCCUCGCGGAAGUGGACGAUGACUACGUCGAGAGCUACUUCAAGAAACUGCCUCAAGACAGGGAGCUGCAGUUCUUCGACUCCAAGCUGUAAACUUUCAUCCUUAUUACGUAAGCAGUAAGGUUCAGUUUCGAAAUAUAAGUGUUGCCGCGAUUGCUUCAGGGUGUAAGCGAAUUUAUAAUAUUUUUAGUGGCUACUGACAUGUGAUCAUUUUUUAAGUUUUUUUAAUAAUUAUUAUUAUAAGAUCAACAUAAUCAAUCAGACAUAAUCAUUGGAGGUAUUUCCUUCAUUAUAAGUCGUUGUUAUGCAGGUAAGGCAUUACCAUUGUGAAGAGCAUUUACCAAUCGAAUGCUUACAUAAAAUACUUAUUCAAUAACAUCAUUAUUUGACCUUGAUUACGUAAGUAUUACCGAAACGAGACUCAUGAAUAAAUCAAACACUAACUAUAUAAUAGUAUCUAACAAUUUGUAUGUAGUAUGUAAGCACUGUUUUUGAUUUUUUUAUUCCUCACACAUGUCAGUAGCCACAUUUGACUGAUAAGAAAUAUGGUGCAAGUUGUAAUGCAGUUCAUAGCCAUUUAGUUAUAGAUACCAGGUUUAUUUGUAAGUCUUCCACUUAGAGUUCCUUCGAGUACUAUGCUCGUUUUCACCUACCUAUCUUAAAUUUUUACUAAGCUAAGAUAAGGUGACACUAAACGAUAUUUUGGCUUUCACCAAUUUGUGGGUGAAACCUCAGUACAGUACACCAAAAGUGAUAAUGCGCAUGGAAAUCUUCGUCUCUGGUCGGCAACGUACGACGACAUACUAUGUAUAGAAUGCAUUUUCGUCAUGCAUAAUUAAGUAGAAUUAUGUGUUUGAAAAUAAAACCAAGAAGGGUGUGUAAUAACAGCUCUACAUAUUUCCACGUGCAGUCUUCACCAAUAUAUAAAGACGACUGACGGACCUUUGACUGAUAAGUGACCGCCGCCAACCGCCCGAAUUGUUUUCGAUUGUGUACACAUAUUAUUGCUUUUGAACAAGGUUUGAAUUGCAAAUGAAUUGUUUAGGGCUCCUACGAUUAGCGAAGAUCUACAUGCGUAUUAUUAAUUUGGUAGUACUGUACAAGUAAGGGGUUAGUUUAGGUACUCCUUACACUAAGUAACUCUUAGUUAAUACAUGGUUUCGGGGUUGUUGGUGAAAAUGGCCAUAAAACUUUUAUACUAUAUAAUUAGACUGUUUUUCCAUACAGUUCUUUUUUCUUCCAUUUUGAACUAGCCUAGCUUAAGGCUCGAACCUGUUUACGAUACUCAUACAUCGAUCUCUUAGUACAGACUACAGAGAUAUUUCGUAUAAUGAGCUCAAAACACAAUAAUCUACAAUUAUUGUAAAGCCAAUUCUUGUGUCCAAGUGCAAUUAAAAACAUAUAUUACCCAAGUGCCCAGUACUUUAUAUAUUGAGUAGGUGGAAUUGAUUUAUAAAUCAUGUUGAAAUAUAUUAUAUAUCUAUAUUCUAUAUACAUUUCUUUUAGUAAGUCAUUUAGUGCAAUAAGGCAACUGAAUCUUUAGUUAACACAUGGAAUAUGCGAAAAUGUGCCUUCUUUUAUAUACAUUUAAUGUAGUAGUUUGAUUGUUGGCAUUAUAGUGUAAAGUUACAUUAGUUCUAUGUUCUCAUAACUUUGUCUUGAGCUUCUGUAAUAUUGAUAAAUGGACCUAACUCUAAGACAAUGUAUAAGCAUUUAUUUCGAUUUAUUUACAAAUUUUAUACAAAAAGUAAACCUAUGUACUUUAUUUGGAUGUAUAUUUUGUGUAAAAAUGUAUAUUAAAUGUGUUUGUUGUUAACGUUAAUCAAAUAAAGAGCAAAUUGUGUACUUUGUACAA